CUCCUCCUCCUCCUCCUCCGGGAAGAGGCAGGUUGGAGGGAGGAGGCUCCAUCUGCACCUCCCCGCCGGCGCGGCGGCGUGCCGGGGCAGAGCAGCGUGCGAGCGGGGAGCGCCAUGGCCGAGCGGCUGUCGGAGGAGCAGAUCGCUGAAUUCAAGGAGGCUUUUUCCCUUUUUGACCGGGAUGGAGACGGUUGCAUCACCACGAAGGAAUUGGGCACCGUCAUGCGCUCCUUGGGGCAAAACCCCACCGAAGCAGAGCUGCAGGACAUGGUGGGGGAGGUGGACGCCGACGGCAGCGGCACCAUCGACUUCCCCGAGUUCCUCUCGCUGAUGGCGAGGAAGAUGAGGGACACCGACAGCGAGGAGGAGAUCCGCGAGGCUUUCCGCGUCUUCGACAAAGACGGCAACGGCUACAUCAGCGCGGCGGAGCUGCGGCACGUCAUGACCAACCUGGGCGAGAAGUUGACCGACGAGGAGGUGGAUGAGAUGAUCAAGGAGGCCGACUGCAACAAUGACGGGCAGGUCAACUACGAGGAGUUCGUGAGGAUGAUGACGGAGAAGUGAGCCCCCCGCCACCGCCACCAACCACCCUCAACCCCAUCCCGCAGGGAACAGAGACCGUGGUGGUCCCCCCAGCCCCUCCAUCCCCUUACCGCCUUUUAUCCACCAUCCCGGCCUGGAAAAAUCCUCUUUUAUCCCAGCCAGAGCAUCACCAGCCAGUGCCUGCAUCCCACCUGGCAGGAUGGGGCACGGGGUUCAGAUGGACAUUGGGGGGGGGGGGGGUCCCUUCUGCUGCCCCCCAUGAGACACUACUGUCCGUGGGGGUGCCAGUGGUCACCACGUGUCCCUCGGCACUGCGCCAAUAAAGAAAUGUCCCUCCCAUGGA